CGAUCAUAUAUUUGGAUCGAACGGAUAUGAGAGGCUAUGAUACAACAUACAACAUUUCUGCGACAGUAAUCGCUUGAUAUACGCACCUUUCUGGGCGUAGCAGCUGUAUCUGAAAAGUCCUCGUCGCGAUGUCGCUGUUCGGAUCAUCGUUCGACGAGUCCGCUACAGCGGCAACGGGCUCGAAGUCUCGCCUCUCACUGUUCGACGACGAGCCAAAUCCUGCUCUUGGAUCGAAGUCUUCUCUAUUUGCAGACGAUGAUGCUUCAGGUGUGUCGCCGUGGGGGAUGCCUACGCCGCACAAGCCUUCUCGUGGCGAAUUGAUCAAGAACCUACUCCCAGCAUCAGAUGUGCCAGAUGCCUACACCGAUACGUUCGACAACGUUCUCAGAGGGGGUGAUAACGCAGGAGGGAAGAUAAGCGCUGCUGGAGUUGCAAAGGUCUUGAGCGCUGGGAAAUUGAGUGCCGACGAUCAGAGUCGUAUUAUGAACGUUAUCACCAGGGGUGAUCAAGUCUCGGAUCUUACUAGGAACGAGUUCAAUGUUCUGCUUGCAUUAAUUGGACUGGCGCAAGAGCACGAGGAUAUUACUCUCGACAGUGUUGAUGAGAGGCGAAGGAAUCUACCUGUGCCCCAACUCCCAAGCUUAACAUCGACAACAACCCCUGUUUCUAGAGACUUUGCUGCAAAGCCUCCUCAGCGGCCCGAGACCCCUCCCUCUUUUCCAACAGCAGUACCUAUUUCCGCCCAGAAACAGCGAGCAAUGCAAAGAGACUCCCUCGAUUUUCCGGAAGCAGAUCCGUGGGGGAGCCCAGUUAUGCACAGAGGUCAUGACCAUGAAGGGAGUUCACCCCAAACCAAUGGGACAUCAAGAGGGUCAAGCAGUGGUGUUCAGGAACCUGCCAGGACUACAAGCAAUUUCACAACUGCUCCAAACGAAGCCUCUAACGGAACUUCUAAUCAAUCAGACGAGUCUAAUGCUCCAACAACUGGUGUCUGGGGCUCUUACGAUCGCAACCAAAGUUCUUCAACUUCUUUCAAUAAUCCAAUGAAUUCUACAUUUGAAGGUGAUGGAUUUGGGAGCUCGGGGGUAAGUGCUGGACAAGAACCCGGAGCAAACAUACCAAGCAGAUCUUUUGGUGGUGGUCGAGUCACAGGAGGAGGGGUGCAAGAGAACAUUGUCAUUACACUAUUGCCGGAGAAAGAGGGAAUGUUCAUGUUCCAACACCAUAACUAUCAAGUCACAAGUACCCGAAGGGGAUCUAAGGUCGUAAGAAGAUACAGUGACUUCGUUUGGCUCCUGGAUUGUUUACACAAACGAUACCCAUUUCGACAGCUUCCACUUUUGCCGCCGAAGAGGGUUGGAGUUAACGGUAAUCACCUAGCGACUGAUAGCACGUUCAUUGAGAAACGUAGAAGAGGCCUCGCUCGGUUCUCUAAUGCACUUGUUAGACACCCUGUCUUAAGUCAGGAACAGCUAGUUAUUAUGUUUCUCACUGUUCCAACAGAGCUUGCUGUGUGGCGCAAGCAGGCUACUAUCUCGGUUCAGGAAGAAUUUGUGGGAAGACCUUUACCACCCGGACUCGAGGAUUCUCUAUCGCCAACUCUUAAUGAACUAUUCGAAACCACGCGCUCUGGUAUUCGUAGAUCUGCAGAACUUUACAUCAACUUGUGCAAUCUCAUGGAUCGCCUCGCAAAACGAAAUGAAGGGCUUGCUGCCGAUCAUCUUCGGAUAUCGUUGUCGCUGCAGUCAUUAGCGGAUGCUUCUCAAGAUAGUUACGCCACUGAUACGAAUGAUGUACCUCUUCUUAACGAUGGGCUGCAUGCUACGGCCAAACAUCUCUCUAACAGCCAAAGUCUCCUGGAGGACGAGGCCAGGGCCUGGGACCAAGGAGUCUUGGAAGACCUCAAAAUGCAGCGGGAUGCAUUAGUAAGCAUGAGAGACAUGUUCGAUCGCCGUGAUAGAUAUGACAAGGACAAUAUUCCUUAUCUAGAAAGGAGAAUCGAGAGCAACGAGGCCAAGCUCGUUGCCAUUCGUGCGAAGCCAGAAGGAUUGAUUAAACCUGGGGAGGUUGACAAGGUCACGAAAGCGAUAAUCAAAGACAAAGAAUCCAUUGUUGCCCAGCAUGCUCGAGGAGUGUUCAUAAAGGAGUGCAUAAGAGAUGAACUCAUCUACUUUCAACAAACACAAUACCACGUCAGUAGGUGGAACCAGGAUUGGGCGCAGGAGCGUGUGAAAUAUUCCGAGAUGCAAGCCCAUAAUUGGAGGCAAUUGCAGGAGGAGCUAGAGAGCAUGCCAAUUGGCGAUUAGUGCCUCUCUGCACCUGGGGGCUUUUCCUUUUCGUUGCAUUUCUCUUUUCCGACUGCAAACCGUGCGAUAUUGGCAGCAUUCAGUUGGCAGGAGGCAAUCUUUUGACUCUCGUUAUUAGCGUUUGCAUACAUAAUGAUGCGUAGAGAAAGGAGUUGAGAGAUGAUACAUAAUCCAAAGGUUGACAUCUGGCAAUUGUGCCAGUGACGGCCACUUACACUGAG